CUACCGGAAGUGCUGAAGGGACUGUCUGGCGCUUUCUCUGGGUCUGUGCUGACGGGAUUUGGGGGUGCGCAUUGCGGUGUGCACGCGUGGAUUUAAAUCCAGCUUUGCAGGGAUCUGUAGCGCGAACGGAGACGUGUUGCUAGUGUGUAUACUGUGCUCACCCGGUUGGAAGAUCGUUUGCAGUUCUGUCGUCUUGAACCUAAUUAGAGGCAUCAUGGAGGCACCUCCAGUCAGCAUGAUGCCGGUCACUGGAGGCACCAUUAACAUGAUGGAGUACCUUCUGCAGGGAAGUGUUCUGGACCACAGUUUGGAGAGUCUCACCCACCGCCUCCGGGGUUUGUGCGACAACAUGGAGCCUGAGACCUUCCUCGACCAUGAGAUGGUCUUCCUGCUGAAGGGCCAGCAGGCCAGCCCAUUUGUCCUAAGGGCCAGGCGCUCCAUGGACAGGGCAGGGGCACCCUGGCAUCUGCGGUACCUGGGACAGCCCGAAAUGGGAGACAAGAACCGCCACGCCCUGGUGCGCAACUGCGUGGACAUCGCCACAUCUGAGAACCUCACGGACUUCCUGAUGGAAAUGGGCUUCCGCAUGGACCAUGAGUUUGUCGCCAAAGGGCACUUGUUCCGGAAGGGCAUCAUGAAGAUUGUGGUGUACAAGAUUUUCCGAAUCCUGGUCCCAGGGAACACGGACAGCACUGAGGCCCUGUCGCUCUCCUAUCUUGUGGAAUUAAGUGUUGUCGCCCCGGCUGGGCAGGACAUGGUCUCUGAUGACAUGAGGAACUUUGCAGAGCAGCUCAAACCUCUGGUUCACCUGGAAAAAAUAGACCCCAAAAGGCUGAUGUGAUGAAGAAAGUCUGUCCACCUUUGAGGCCUGUCCUCACCUGGGAGGCAUUGGCUCAUGAAGCUGACUUCAUCCUUUUGAGGUAGGAGGCUGACCUUGAACUCACAGAAAUCUACUUGCUUCCACUUGGAGUGCUGAGAUUAAAGACAUGAACCAUC